CUCGAUGGCAUUGCAAGCAUCUAGCAAAGGAGCUCCUGUAUGGCAGUCCUGAGGACACUGCGAAGCAGUCAUGGAGAAAUCUGCCAGUUCGGAUCUGCGAGGUGGGAGAGGCAAUGUCGCACCUGUCGGCCAAGCGCGGCAUUUUGGUCAGGACGAGGAAGAAAACGAGGACGAAGAGCAGUUAAGCGUUUCCAAAGCACUGCUGGACUGUCUCAAAGGAUGUCCAGCCGGCUAUCUAAAUAGAGUUGCGAAAUGCCCGCUCUGCAUCUUUCUCCUCAUGCAAGUUUUUGUUGGAAUUCUUUGUGGAGCUAUGUUCAAUGGUUGGGCCGUUAAUACGGACUUCGAGGAUUUUCUUCAAGCGAGCACGGAGACUUCCGUGCAGUAUGACGCCGUGCAACAAGCAUGGGCGGUGCCAGAAGCUCGGCGGCUUCAAGAAAUCACGUGGAGCUGGAGGCAUACUGGAGUAACAGUGGCCUACUACAAAGAGAGCGGAAAUGUGCUGGAGGAGGAGAAUCUCCUGGCAAUCCGGAACUUUGAGCAUUGGCUACAGGCCAGCGCAGCUUGGCAGGAGGCAUGUGGCCUGGCCGUGACUAGCCAGGACGCUGCUUUGACCACUGCAACUCAACAAUAUAGCUGUUCACCGGGAGAGUCCUUGGUGAACUAUGUUUGGCCAACCUUCGACAACGGCAACGGCACCGGCUUGGACGGUAUCUCUGUGGGCUCGGGUGAAAAGCAGCAGCUCUACCUGGACGGCGCAGGGCUGCGACGCUUUCCCGUGGAAGCGGUGAUCGCCAGCUUCAGGGACGUGCCAAUGAAGCACGACAGGUUGCAGCGAUUCUUCCCCAAGGACUUCGUAUCUCCUGAAGGAGGCGAAAACGCACAGUCGAAUACCUUGAGGUCUUUCUUUCUCUUCAGCCAGUCCGUUGGCACAGAUGGCUACUUCAGCAGCAAUGCGGCAGCUCUAGCGGCCAGGGAAAAGUUCUUUGGCGGGGACCUGCACGGGCUUUUGAACACACAUCAAAAGGAUCUCCAGGAGCUUGGAAUCCGUGUCUUCUACACCUCAGCGCAGCUGGAUGAAGCGGACAUCUUCAGCGCGCUGUUUUCCGAUGUUCUUCUAUCUCUCAUAGGCCUUGCUGUGAUCUUCCUUUUGGUUUGUGUGCAUACCGGGAGUCUAUGUUUGGCCUGCGCUGGCUCGCUCUUGGUGCUCGAGUGCAUGCCUCUGGGAUACGUGUUCUACCGGCAGUUCUCUGGCCUGCCAAAAAUGAGCAUCGUGAACUGCGUGGCGACCUUUGUGAUCAUCGGCAUCGGCUCUGACAUGAUCUUUGUGCUCACGGAUGCCUGGCGACAGUCAGCCUUCAUUCUGCCGCAUUCCCAAGAGGAGGUUCGCAAGGAUGGUGAGGAGGAAGAAGAACUUGAUCGCUUUGAGCGGGCCAUGCGGUCCUAUGAGAGGAACCUGGAGAAGCGACUAGCUUGGGUCUACCGCAACGCGGGUGUGUCAUGCUUGACUACGGGUCUUUGUGGUGCAAGCAGUUUCCUGGUGAACCUCAUGAGUGUGUUGAUGCCACUUCGUGAGUUUGGACUCUUCAUGGGUUUGUGCUGUAUUUUUGCUGUUCUGGGCGAAAUUGUCAUGUAUCCCAUGGCGCUGGUCGCGCGAGAGCGGUGGAAGUUCAAGAAAGUUCUUGCUCAACAGGAGCGAGAGCUUGAAGGAAAUUCUGCUAUGACUGGCGUGGUGGUACCUGCCCAAGCCCAUGUAGUGCCUAUUGAAGCGGCUGACAACCGCGCAGACAAGUCCAAAACCAGGAGCAUUCUUGUCCGCUUUUUUGCCGGCUUCUGGCCAGAAUUCAUCAUGAACUACAAGCUGUGGGUCAUUGCAGGGUUUGUCGUGUUGGCCCUGGCCAGUGUUGUUGGGGUUCCCCUCGGCUUGAAGGUGGAUGGCUCCACACCCGUCAUCUUUCCAUCAAGUCACAACCAAGUCCUGGGGGAAGAAAUUCUGAAGGGGUUUGAGGUAGUUGAUCCUUUGGCAGCAACUGCAGCGUUGGAACAGGCGUAUAUUUGUGAUGCAGCAGCAUCUCCACUGGCCAUGAACAAUGACAUGAUUGUUGGCUGUGGAACAUUUGUCUCGCUGAACUACUGCUCCAACAGCUUUGAGGGCACCAUGCGAAGCCAAUGCUCUACAGCCUGUGGCUUCCGGUCGUACUGUUUGGCCAGCUGGUGUCCGGUAGAUGCAGCCCCAAACGUUUCGAAGCCUGAGCCAGGCCGAUGCGACUGCUAUCAAAACAACAGCGCUGAAGUCUUUGAGGCUCCCAACUCUUCAAGCAUUGUCCGCUUUGAGACGUUGGUGGUGGGCUUUCAGCAGGAGAACUGGACUGCUCUGGAGCCUUAUCUUCGUCAGAUCUUCACCCAGAUGAUCGGCACAACGAGCAGUGGCAUGGAGCGUUUCUACAGCUACAAAGGCCGCCUUGCAGAUGGGGAUGCUUGGUCCACGACAGUUUCAGUGAUUGGUGCAUCACGCAGGCCGCCCAUUGUUCAGCAGCACUGGCGCAGUGGAACUCUUGCUACGUGGCGAAGCUUCCAGGCACCUGUGUUUUCGGUGAAGAUGGUGCCUACAGGGAGCACCGUAGCAGAUGAUACGCUUCCGGAGACUGUGGUGAGUCAGCAGUGCUUUUGCGAUGGCAUCCAGCCAUGCAACACUUGGGCGGCUCAGAUGCAAACGGUCUCCCAUUCUUUGGAAACGCUCAGUGGAUCUGGCACCACUCGCCGGCUUGACCGUGGGAAAGGGGUGCCGAUUGAGGCAGCAGGAUCCGACCUGGACCUCCCCAAUGUGCUGGGACAAGACAUGGGCCUCGCACCCGUCCCACGGAGAUUACAGGUGGCAGUCCCAUCCACACGGGUGGAAGUGGUUUGGGGCCUGGAGGUCCGUCAACUCGGGCCUUUCGAUCUGUUCGUGCAGAGUGAGACGGACCAGCUAUGGAGUUUGGAUAGUAGCUUCGACCCAGCAGAUCCCUGGGUGCAGCGGUCAAUCAUGCAAGUGCCGGAGAGUGCACCGGAGGAUCUCAGGGUCAUCAGCACCUCCACCUUCAUCCAGGCCUUUGAGCAAUGGCUUGUGGGGCAAGGUUUAGAGUUUCCAGCCAGACAUUUUCACAGCAGCGCGAAGUCUUUCCUGGAAGCUUCUGGCAACGCCUUUCCUGUGUCAGUCUUGAGGGAUGAGAACGACAUUGUGAAGGCGCUCAAACUGGAGUUCCGAAUCGCGCUGACAUCAGCAAACGACUUGUCCACAACAAUUGCUGUCAAAACCGCGUGGGAGAAUUACAUCCAGCAACAGAAUGAUCUGUCGGGCCUCGGGGCCAAUAAGGCAUUCCAGGUGUCCUCCCUUUGGGUCAAUGUUGAAGCGCAGGAUGGUAUCAUCAGGAGCACAGUGACCACCAUCACUUCGGCCAUUUUCAUUGGCUACCUGGCGGCCGUAAUCUUCACGCAGGACCUUGUCCUGUCCUUGUUCCCAAUGUUGAGCGUUGGCUUGACGGUGCUUUGCCUCUUGUUCAUGAUGGUGGGAGUUCUACAGUGGCCAUUUGGACCCGUGGAUGUGAUUUCCCUGAUUGUGUUCCUCGGCUAUAUGUUCACCUUCAACCUGCAUGUGGCGCAGUACUACAACCAUGCCGAAGUAGCCUUGGACCUUGAUGAGGACGGAACCAUAGAUCCUGCUGAUGAAGCCGAAAGAAAGCAGGAAGAGCGCUAUUGUCGGGUAAACCAUGCCCUUGCUUCUGUUGGUCAAAGUUUGAUAUUUUCAGCGGGAACAACCACAGCCUCCGCCAUCUUCCUCCUGUGUUGCGUGUUGCAAUUCUUUGUGAAGUUUGGUGCAGUGAUCCUUUCAGUCACGGUUCUGUCUAUUUUGCAUUCAUUGAUAUUUCUACCAGCUCUACUCUUGAUCUGUGGGCCUACGUCAAAGUCCUGUAUGUGCUUGAAGAAAGUCUGCCGCAAGCUUCGACAGAAGGUGGCUCCUGCAGAGGCGGUUGAGCCUGAGCCUGCUCAGGGUGAAACAGAGGAAUGCAUGAGUCCUCCGCCCUUACCACCUCCAGCUGUCAGGCCAGAUGCGGAGCCUGUUGGAGGCACAGAACCGGCGAGCCCUUUGAACAGCUACAUACGACAAAUGGAUAGCCAUGAAGAGGAGGUCUGACCAGUCAGAAUUGGUUGCUUUGGCGAAGCCAAGCCACCAUGGAUUUCUCAUUGGCCCAAUCAGAACACAAACCUAUCAAUUUGAGAAGGUGAGAAGUCCUGGUUGAAAUCCCUCUUGUAUACAUAAAAUCUUCGAAAUUCCCAGUUCCAAAGCCCACCAGAGGUUUUUCUUUGGACGCAUGGGAUAUGAAAUGUCCGCAUGCAUUUUGGUUGUGAAGCAUCGGAAUUGCGGUCUUGGAAUCAAGAAGAGCCAAUUCAAGUGGAAGCGAGCAGUGCAAAGUCGAAGACUUCUGCUGCUUUUGCCUCGCUGCCGUAUUUUGCCUGGCUGAUGUCAGUGACUGUGGAAAA